GCUCCGGCACCAGCACCAGCACCAGGCCCGGCGGUCCUCACCACAAGUUCGACGGAGAAUCCCAAGUUAAGGACUUCAUCCACACUCUCCUGCAUUAUGGCGGAUACAACGAGCUCGUCGACAUUUUGGUCAACCUCACGUCCUUACCGUCAGAAAUGGGGAAAUUAGUGUCUGAAGGUUACGUCUUAACAAUAUUGGCUCUGAACGACGAUGCCAUGGCGAAGCUGACAACGGACCAGCUGAGCAAACCUGGUGCUCCAAAACAGAUCGUCUACUACCAUCUCAUUCCAGAGUAUCAGACGGAAGAGAGUAUGUACAAUGCGGUGAGGAGGUUCGGUAAGAUCAAGUGCGAUACUUUACGAGUACCCCACAAGGUUGUGGCGGAGGAAGCAGAUGGAUUUGUGAAAUUUGGACAGGGAGAUGAAUCGGCUUAUCUGUUCGAUCUCGACAUCUACACCAACUGUCGAAUAUCUGUACAGGGCAUCGAUGGCGUGUUGUUCCCUAUUGAGGAGAAGACGAAAUCAAUACAACACAAUUCUACCACCACAACCACCACCACCAAGGCUACUGUGAAGCCCAGGAGAGGUGCGUCUUAGUUUAUCUAUCUUAUUCUCUCUGUUCUGUUUGUUUUAGUUCUUACACUUGAAAUCGAAGUAGUGUUCCUGUAGUACUAGUUGUUUUCAUUUUGCAACAUUGGUGAAAGGAAUAGAGAGAGAGAGUCAGAUUUCGGUGAAGGGAUCCUGGAACUGCCGCCACUGCUGCCGACGCUGUUGCCACCGUAGUUGCUGCUGAUGUUCAAGCUGUACUUUGCAAAUCGAUGAAAGAAAGGGAAAAAAAAACCCAACUUCGCUUUCUCCGGCUGGUUCUAGUAAACUUUUUCCGGCGAGAAGAGAGAGAAAGAGAGAGAGUAAAGGUGUUGCAACUGUAAAUUGAAAAAUUGUAUAUCUUCUC